GGGUCCGAGCACUACGUGUCCAUCUUGAGCUUCGUCGACAAGGAUCAAUUGGAGCCGGGUUGCUCAGUCCUCCUGAACCAUAAGGUCCAUGCGGUGGUGGGGGUCCUGGGUGACGAUACCGAUCCCAUGGUGACGGUGAUGAAGUUGGACAAGGCGCCUCAGGAGACGUAUGCCGAUAUUGGAGGCCUGGAUCAACAGAUCCAGGAGAUCAAGGAGUCCGUCGAACUGCCCCUCACUCAUCCCGAGUACUACGAAGAGAUGGGGAUCAAACCGCCCAAAGGUGUCAUCCUCUACGGUCCACCGGGAACUGGCAAGACCUUGUUGGCCAAGGCGGUGGCCAAUCAGACUUCGGCCACUUUCUUACGUGUGGUAGGCUCGGAAUUGAUCCAAAAGUACUUGGGCGAUGGACCCAAAUUAGUCCGAGAACUGUUCCGAGUAGCCGAAGAGCACUCGCCAUCCAUCGUCUUCAUCGACGAGAUCGAUGCAGUGGGCACCAAACGGUAUGAUUCAAAUUCGGGCGGAGAGCGCGAGAUCCAACGGACCAUGUUAGAGUUGUUGAAUCAACUGGACGGAUUCGACUCCCGCGGAGAUGUGAAAGUGAUCAUGGCCACCAAUCGAAUCGAGAGCUUGGAUCCUGCCUUGAUUCGUCCGGGUCGGAUCGACAGAAAGAUCGAGUUCCCUUUGCCGGAUGAGAAGACCAAACGGCGAAUCUUCAACAUCCACACGACCAAGAUGACCUUGGCGGACGAUGUGAAAGUGGAGGAGUACAUCAUGGCCAAGGACGACUUGUCCGGAGCCGACAUUAAAGCCAUCUGCACAGAGGCCGGACUAAUGGCACUCAGAGAGCGGCGAAUGAAGGUGACGGAUGAGGAUUUCAAGAAAUCCAAGGAGAACGUACUCUACCGUAAGCAAGAAGGCACCCCCGAUGGAUUGUAUCUCUAAUACUUGUAGCCACCCAAUAUUUACCGCCUGUGCUGAUCUUAGCCCAAGAUCAGUGGAGGCGUCCAUUUUCAAUACCAUUAAUAAACAUGAUAAGAAAAUAA